AUGCUGCAGUACAGGGUGAAGCCAGAACUAAGGCUAAUGAUUGUGAAGGGACGGACAACUGUGUAUGCGACAUUUGGCAAAAAUGUGUAUCUCCCCGAAGAUGCUGAGUUUUACUUUAUCUAUAAUGGAUCCCAUCAGAGACACAUCGUGAUUGCAGAGCGUGUGGAAGCCAACGUUCUCCAGUCCAGCAUUCCAGGCCACGGGCUUCAGGAGACAGUAGUGGUGUCCGUGUGUCUCUGCUCAGAAGGCUAUUCACCAGUGACUAUGGGCUCCGGCUCGGUGACCUAUGUGGACAACAUGGCUUGCAGGCUGGCCCGUUUGCUGGUGACCCAGGCUGACCGCCUCACCACCUGGAGCCAUCAGACCCUGCUGACCCCGUUUGCCCUAACGGCGGGAGCCCUGCCUGCUUUGGACGAGGAGCUCGUGCUGGCUCUGACCCAGCUGGAGCUGCCUCUGGGCUGGACUGUCUUGGGAAAUUCUUCCCUUGAAGUGUCUCUGCACAGGGAGUCUCUUCUGCACCUGGCUGUGAGGUGGGGCCUGGCCAAGCUCUCCCAGUUCCUCCUGUGUCUGCCUGGGGGAGUUCAGGCCCUGGCUUUACCCAAUGAAGAGGGCUCCACACCGUUAGACUUAGCUUCCCAGGGCGGACACUCCAAGCUGGUGGAAGAUAUCAAGAAUUUCCAGGGUGGGCAGUCGCCGGGCUUCUCCCGAGUGCAGCUCAGUGAAGAUGCCUUCCUGCAGUAUGUUCACUCAUCGGAAACGCUGACCCUGACCUUUAACCACACGGCCGAGCAUCUGUUGGAGGCAGAUAUUAAACUCUUCCGGAAGUACUUCUGGGAUAGAGCCUUUCUUGUCAAGGCUCUUGAACAAGAAGCCAAGCCAGAAGAAAGACCACCCAUACCCUCCAAUGCUGCAGAAACCGAAGAAGAGGUUAAGCACUUGGUGCCCAGUGGACCGUCACCUGCCGAGGAGAACGCCAAGGGUGUCAGCAGCCUGGAGGGUCAGCUGAAGGGACACGAAGAACAGGCCAGCCUGGCAUCCGUUUCACCAGAGAUGAAUGACCAGCUGUCCAAUUGUGCUGUCCAGCCCAGUGGCCAACCACCGUCUGUGUCAGUUGAGCUCCGAUUACUGUACUGA